AAAAAGUUGGAAACAGAUCAGCUGAUUUGCGUGUUUCGUGUUUUCACACAAAGGAAAGUAUUUGUUUUCCCUGGCGAAAAUCAUUUUCUCAUUCUAAAUUGAUACCAAACAAUGGGUAGAAUAUUCCUUGACCAUAUUGGGGGCACAAAACUCUACUCUUGUGCUUCCUGUGACACGAAUCUCACGAAUAAAAGCGAACUGAUCAGCACAAGAUUCACAGGAGCCACAGGACGAGCUUAUUUGUUCAAGAAAGUCGUCAAUCUCACCUUCAGCAAUGUCCAGGAGCGUGUGAUGCUCACAGGACGGCAUAUGGUGAGAGACGUUUUGUGCAAGAACUGCAAGGCCAAAUUGGGUUGGAUGUACGAGUUUGCCACGGAAGAAAGUCAAAAAUACAAAGAGGGACGAGUAAUUCUCGAACAUGCUCUAAUCUCCGAGUCAGAGGGCUUCUUGGAUCCAUUUGGAGCAAACUCCGCGCCGAGUAGCUACCGCGAUAGGGAACACUAGGAAUAGGCUUUUUUUCUUAACUAUUUUUUGCAUUAUAUUUGAACUCUCCCCGGACACUACAUAUACAGAGGAUUCCUAGCCUGGUAACUGCCCUGACUUCUGCACCAUUGCCAGAGCAUUUUCAUUGGCUAUCAUCUGAUAUUCCUGGAAACGCUGUGACACCCUCUGGUUCAUCUUCAGGUAUUUUUCCAUGCAAUUGAGUGCACAUCGCUCCUGCAAAUGAGUUUUUGUUUGUCUGAGAGGGAGAAUAAUAAAUUAAUUUUGUGAACUUA